AUGGAAUUUUAUUUUAUCUCAGGAGAUUUGAUAGAAGUAAAAAGAAUAGCUGAUUAAAUGUAUGAAGAUUAUAAAGAAUCUCUAAAUCAUUAGCUUGAUCUUUAAAAUAUUAGACUUCUGAUUAACGCAGCAGAGAAAAUGUGUUUUACUAAUUAGUUUGAAAGAGGGGUAGAUUUGAUAUUAAUAACUAUUAAACAUCUUGAAAAGAUGUAAGAUAAAUCAGAAGCUAUAAAAGAUUUAUCUAAAGCAUAAUUGCUGUGCGCUGCUGGCUAUUUCGCACUAAAAGAAUACAAAAUUGCUGCAAAAUACUCAGAAAUGUCUUAUCAAGCUAAUAAAUCAACUGAUUAACCACUUUUUAUAGCCUGUGUUAGCUAUAAGAAGCUUGGAGAUUAUGAUAAAGUAGAAGAAAUUUCCUAAAUAUUAAAGGGCAAAAUUUCAGAAGAUACGUUAAAAAAUAUUGAAAAAAGUUUCAAAGCAUUUAAAUAUAUGUUUAUCUAUACAAAUGUCUAUUAAAAAUAGGUUGAUUAAAUUCUAAAAUCAGAAGCACAAUUAGAUUAAGAGGAUAAAAAUAGUGGAAGGAAAAUUAUUAAUUUGAAGAAUGAAGUAGAUAGAAUUUCAAAUUAUAUGAAAAAUAGAAAUUAUGAAGAAGGAAUUAAGUUUUAUACUAAAAUUUUGUAAUAACUGGAUCCUAAAUUUGACUUUUUUAAGAAGUUAUAAGUAAUGGAUUUAAUCUCAAAAUUUUAUUUUAAACAAAAAUAAUUCAGCAAAGCUUUAGAAAUACUUUUAGAUAUACAUUAAUAGCUCCUUGAAAAAAGAAACUAUUUAAUAAUUAAUGAUUUUAUCACUUAUGAUAAUUUUACUUUUAUAUUUGCAAACUAUUUAGAAAAUAAAGAUUAUGAUAAAGCUGCUUAGUGGUUUAAAAAAUGUCAUUCAUUUUUGUUGUUAAAUGGUUACUUCACAGAAUUUGAUAAUCAAAGAUGUCUAUUUAUCCUCCAUUAUAUUCAGUGUUUGUUCAAUAUAGAGAAUUUUGAUGAAGCUCUUGAAUACACUAAGCUUUUUGAAAGAUAUUUAGAUUAAUUUUAAUAAGAAAAAUAAUACAUUGAAUUGUAUAAUUAAUUGAUAAAUGCAAGGAUCUCAAUUUUAGAUAAAUGCUAAAAUCAAGAAAUGAUUUAAAAAGAGUUAGAAAAAUACUACUAAUUUUUAUUGCCAAUAAAGAACUAAGAAAUUUAAUAAUUCUAUUUGUGCAUAACCAAUUUAAUAAGAACUUUUUAAAAAACAAACAAUAAUGAGGGUUUAGUAAAAUAUGGUUUGGAAUACCUUAAAGUAAGACCUUAGUUUGAAAAAGAAGAGGACUUUCUUCACUAGAGAUGCAUAGUCUAUUAUUAAUUGAUAUUAAAUUGUAUGAAUACUGGAUAAUUCGAGUUAGCUAAUAAGUUGAUUGUUGAAUCCUAAUCAUGCUUUUUAAAAUAAAAAGAUUAUUUAUAUCUUUACCAUAUUCUCCUCUUUUAGAUAGUCUUGGAUAUAAAUUUUAAUAAGUAUGAGUGUGUUGAUAAUAGUAUCAGGAAUGCAGAAAAUUUUCUUUCUUAAUACUUUGUAGGGCAUUAAAAUGAAAAAGAAAUGAGAGCUUUAGGAUAUUAAGCUAUAUCAUCUGCUUACUUUAAAUUAAGAGACUACCAAAAGAGCUUUGAAUAUAUUGAAAAGUAUGUUUCUUUAGGCUGCUCUUCUUAAUAAGAUAAGGAGAAAUAAAAGGUAUUAAUUGAUAAUCUUUUAAAAAUCGAAGAAUUUAAGGAAAAAACAGAAAAUAUGAUAUCAUAAUAUGGCCUUAACAAGGAAUCAAAAUAAUGA